AUGCAAGAUCCAAACAACUCUCAUUCAAGGAAGCCUUGGUAUCAAAGAGCAAUGGAGAUGGCCAAACUAUGGAAAUCUAAUCCAAAAUCUACUAAAAUUCCCACAACAAAUGGCUUAUUUUGGAAAACAGUUUCCAAAGCAACAGAGAUUUCCUCACCAAAUUCCAAAAAAUCCCAAAAGAUGAGAAAAUGCACAUCUUUAAGGGUGGCCACCUCGUUUACUCGAGUUUGUCUAUGUGCGCCGAUAUCUUCCUAUAUAGAUGUGUUUCAAGACGAAGUUCCGUCUAGACGAAGUUAUAGCUAUUCGCCAUCGAAGCCCUUGCUUGCCUCCUCUCAAGAAAGAAUUACGAGUGCGAGAAUGAGUAUUGAAGGACGGAAAAUUUUUCGUGGGAAAUCUUUGACAGACGAUGUUUUAAUGAAGAGGUUAGUUAUUGAAGAAGGAGUUAUGCAAGUUAGGAGAAGGAAUGAGAUGGAAAUUAUUAAGAGAAGAAGUGUGAUGAGAAGGAAAAAACUUGGGCCAAGUCCUUUGAGCAGAAUGGUAUUGGCAGAUGAGUAG